AUGGAGCGGGAUCAGAGACAAAAAAGAGACGACUUCAGUUCACGUAUACUAAGUCGUGUGGGUUCUGUUUUCCGUCGAGCCUCGCGCCGGACAAAGUCGACCGUUUCAGCGCAUCAAAUUGAAGAACCAAGCAGACCAGAAGCCACAUCUACACCUGCGUCUGCAGCUGCUGGUAAUAUUACUACUCCUAUUAGUACUACUAUUAUUAGUACUUCUAUUCCUGACGCUCCACAACCAUCCCAAACAAGUACCGCUGCUGGCAUUACCGCCCCGACACGGGACACUACGCAGGUCACACUAUGGAGCGAUAUUCAGCAGGAGAGAGCCCGAGCUUUGUUCGUCAAGUACGGUCUUACUUUGGAACCGCAGGAAUGGAUGUCAUCGCGCAAUUAUGAAGUCAAGCGGGUCGAAAAACCGAUCAGAAUGAGGGUGCGUCGCACCUGCCAUCGUUGUCAGACAACCUUUGGGUCGGACAAGGUGUGCUCCAAUUGUCAACAUGUCCGUUGCAAAACGUGCCCUCGCUAUCCCCCAGCUCGCACAAAGGAAGAAAAAGAAGCCCGUGCUCUGGCAAAAGCCAAAGGCAAGCAACAAGAAAGGCCUUCAGAUCGUGCUGCUGUCGUUGCUCCCAUCGAACCCUCAGACGACACGGAGGAGAUAGAGUAUACGCCUCUCACUAUGGAGUCUCGAACCGGUGGCCAAGAUGUAAUAUACAAGGACAUCAAACAACGAGUUCGUCGAACAUGUCAUCAAUGUCAGACUUUGUUUCUAGGGGCCUCGACUGUAUGCGAGAGUUGUGGGCACAUCAGAUGCAAGCGUUGUCCUCGUGAACCUGCGAAACUGGACAAAUAUCCAGAUGGAUAUCCUGGCGACGCAGAACCCCUGCCUGAACGGCCAUUACGAGUUUGGAAGAAACCUCGAAUGAGAGUGCGCUACUUUUGUAUCAAAUGCGAUACAUGCUACAUACCCGGUGAAAAUAUUUGUGCUACCUGUGGAGAAGAGAAGGGACCAAACACACGACGAGACCCACCAAAGAAGAAAGAAAAGCCUCCUAUAGAUGAAGAACUUCUGAAACGAGUUCAAGAACGACUUCAAGAAUUUCGAAUUGCCGCAGACACAUGA